CAACUAAAACGGCUUCUUGUAGAGCGAUGCACAACUGCCACCCGUUAACCAGAGAAAGAGAGAGAAAUCCAAAGAAAACAAUUCCUUCUCACACGCAGGCUUAGGCUUUCUUUCUCUCUCUAAAAAGAAAAUACUAAUACACCUCACAACAGCUUUUUCCACAUCCCCUAUGCUCUUGCUCUAAUCUUUCUACAUUUCUUUCUUUUUUCCAUUUGGGUUUUUGUUUCUAUUCCCAAAUCAAAUCUUCCCGUUUCUUUGCAACGAUAUAGGGUUGUCUACUUCUCCGGUUUCUCUCACUCUCCACCGAUAAAGAAGAAUCACUCGCCUUCUUCCAUUGAGAUCUUACGGGUGCGAAAAAGUUCAUUCAUUUUUUUUAUUGAUUUGGGUCUACCCUCGAUUGAUUUGAGGGUGAUCUGUUUGUUUAAUCAACUGGGGGGAGUUUUAGAUUUGGAUGACGUCUACUUUAUCAAAAUAUCUCGAUAAAGUUUAUACGAUGGCAGAAGGGGGAUCUCGUUAUUGCUCAAAAAAAUCUGACGAUAUCUGUGGUGAUAUUUGCGAUGAGGAUUCAGGAAAGCCUUCCACCAUGGCAAGAUUACGAUGCAUUCUACGAGGACUCGAGCUCAAAACCAUCAUCUUCCUUUUUGUAAUGGUCCCAAGCAUCAUCCUCGGUUUAUACAUCCACGGACAAAAAGUCUCCUACUUUUUACGACCCUUAUGGGAGUCACCACCAAAACCCUUCCACGAAAUCCCGCACUACUAUCACGAAAACGUAUCAAUGGAAAAUCUCUGCAAACUCCAUGGCUGGGGCACACGAGAGUUCCCAAGGCGUGUAUUUGAUGCAGUAUUAUUCAGUAAUGAAGUCGACCUUUUAACAAUAAGAUGGCACGAAUUAUACCCUUAUGUCACUGAAUUUGUCCUCCUUGAAUCAAACUCCACAUUCACAGGAAUCCCAAAGCCUCUAGUGUUUGCCAGUCAACAAGAUAAGUUCAAAUUCGUGGCCCCACGUUUAACAUAUGGUCAAAUUCCAGGAAGAUUUCAAAAGGGUGAAAACCCUUUUGUUGAAGAAGCAUACCAAAGACUUGCAUUGGAUUUUCUCUUGAAGAAAGCCGGGAUUCAAGAUGAUGACUUGUUGAUCAUGUCAGAUGUUGAUGAGAUUCCGAGUAGACAUACGAUCAAUCUGUUAAGAUGUUGGAGGGCAUCUGUUCAUAGAUAUCAAUCGGGAAAAACAACGUAUGCUCAUUAUCGACAAUCUGACAUAAUGUUGGCGGAUGCAGGGUGGCAUUGUAGCUUUUGUUUUCGCCACAUCAGCGAGUUCAUCUUCAAAAUGAAAGCUUAUAGUCAUGUUGAUAGAGUGAGGUUCAAUAAGUUUUUGAAUCCUACGAGGGUUCAAAAGGUAAUUUGCAAAGGGUCGGAUCUUUUCGAUAUGCUUCCGGAAGAGUACACGUUUAAAGAAAUCAUCGGGAAAAUGGGACCCAUUCCACAUUCGUAUUCAGCUGUUCAUCUUCCUGCACAUCUUAUAGAAAACGCAGAUAAAUACAGAUUUCUUUUACCUGGGAAUUCUUUGAAGUUGAAAGAGGUGGUGUCUUGCAACUUUGACCAAACAAUAGUCAACUCUGAAGAACAGUUGCGUUUAUUUUCAGAAUCUUGGCAUAGUGAUUUGCUGAGUUUUUGGGGGUUGGAGGUUGUGCUUUCAUGGAGAUGA